AUGGGAAAGGGCUCCCGUCUUUCACUGGUGAUGGAUUGUGUUACCCAUACUGGGGAAUCAAUGAUUGGAGUUACGGUCCCUGACAGUAAGCAGAUUAGGGUGCUGGGAGCCAUCAACCCCCAAAUCAAGGGUUGUCGACGAGUCACCUUGUUUGAUGUGGUUUUAGAAAACCCUGGCAAGAUCCUGGAUGUCCACCUUGAUGAGCAGUCUGCUGUCAUUGCACAUGGACUUCGCCCUGCUGAGGAUGUCUUCAGGUGUGUUGAACUGUGUUCGGGGAUUGCCUGUUCUAGCUCGGGUCUUCAACAUGCUGGUUUCCGUCAUGUGUGCAGUGUUGAGUGGCGUGCCCCUUUUGUGGACUUGCACCGAACCUCCAAACCUGGAAUUCCCGUCAUCCAUGGGGACAUUUGCAAUCCUUCAUGUCUCAAAGAAGUGGCCUGCAAAGUUGACCCACCUUUCACGUUGAUGACUGGUUUCUCAUGUCAGCCAUACUCCACAGGUGGUUCACAAGGUGGUUCAAAUGAUGAGAGGUCAGACACCGUUCCUGCCACUGUUCGAGCUGUGCACUUGUUCCAGUGUCCUAUACUCAUCAUUGAAAAUGUGACCCAAGCACGUUCCAACCAGUUUGUCCGGGCCUGUUUGCAGCAACUUGAGACGGUUCUUGGGUACCAUGUUUCUGAGCUGACGUUGAAGUUGGAGGACAACUGGUGUGCUAGGCGUCACAGGUGGUGGUUUGUGGCUGUUCACCCUGCCUUUGGGCCUGUCACUCUCACUGAUUGGCCGAAAAGUCCAAGUCUGACGAUCCGUGAUGUCAUGCCCUUUAUCAAGUCGUGGCCCAUUGAGGACUUGGAACAACUCAGGUUGUCACCCCGUGAGGCUGAUCGUUUCAUGAUGGAUGGCUCGUCACUGAGGAAAUACAUGAUUCAGACCGAAGGCAAGUUGCCGACCAGCCUUCACUCGUGUGGCAGUCAGGCAGGUGAGUGUCCUUGUGGUUGCCGCAGAGCCUUUAGUGAUCAGUUGCUACGUCAGAGAGGAGUGUAUGCCCAGUUGAUUCAACUUCACUCUGCCGAUGGUGGAAUUGGAUACAGGCACUUGCACCCGAUCGAGCUGUCCUUGCUCAACGCCAUGAUACCACCUGAGUCUUGGAUGUCUCGUGACAAACCAUGCCUUCGACUUUGUUUGAGUGCCAUAGGCCAACUUGCCUCGCCUUUGCAGUCGGUUUGGGUUGGGUCAUGCCUCAUGCAGCACUUGUGUCAAGUUUUGGAAUUGCCAGCGGUUGCACCGAUUGAAAGCCUUUAUACUUUCAAAUCCCAGUUGCGUGCUUUUGCCAAAGACCUUUUUCCAGAUGUUGCAUCAGGACCUAGCCCAGCGGUGUGGACGACCUUGGUGUAUCCUGACAACACUAAGGUUCAUGUUCAGGUGCAGCCGGAAACGACCGUCAUUGAGCUUUUUCAGGCAGAAAUGGCAUUGUCACGUGAGGUCACUUCCGAUCAGUGGAUUGAUGCCUCGACUGGACAGCAGCUGGACUAUUUCACAUGUGUUGCAGGUCUUGAGAUUCGUGUGAAAGGUCCUGGAUCCGACUUGUCGAAUCCUUCUGGACUUCCCUCUUGGACUUCCUCUGUUCAGCCCAUCCCUGUGGUUUUUGAUGACCCUGAGCAAGAAGAUGCUCUCAUGUCGACUUCCGGUCCUUCCAGUGUCCCACAUGUUGUGGUGCCUUCCGGCGUGCCCCUUGGUGUCCCAGAUGUGUCGGUCAGUGGCAGUGCUGUUGAUUCUGUGCACGGGCAUCGUGUUGAUCCAGGCCAUGUCAUGGACACACUGCAUGGAUUGCGCAGUUUGACUGGACACCAACUUGCUGACUUGGUCCCCCCAUUGGUUCCGGAUGUGUCUUCUUGCCUGAUGUUUCGCCGUGAAAUGGUCAACUUGGAAUCUUGGCUUGAGGUGUUAUCUCAUGAGGGACUUGCCAUGGGUGAUGAUGAGCUCAAUAUCCACCUCAAAGCAUGUGUCAAAUUAUGCGGCAGACCCGAAGUCCAAUACCUCGACCCGUUGUUGGCUAGCAGUUGGCUUCAAGGUGGCUCCACUGAUGCUGUUCGUGAAUGGUUGGCCCAAUUCCCCGACCUGACUACCAUUGUCACGGUAGUGUCUGCCAAGGGUCAUUGGCUUCCAAUUGUUUGGACUGCUGGAAUUUCUGAUGUCCAGGUUGCGCUGUGGGAACAUGUUGAAGUCGAUGUUGAUUUCUUGAACCCCCUCCAUGGACUUGUCAGCUCUUCGUGGGGUCGUCCCAUGUUUGGUCUUGCCUGCACUAGGCGUUCCUUUGCCCGUGGGCUUUGUGGUGCUGCUGCAGUGGCGUUUGUGUCACAUCGUCUUCUUGGCCAUGACCUGCCCAGUUCAUAUGAUGCCUUGUUGCUCCUGCACCAGGACCUGAAAGCCAGUUUUGCUGCCACAUGUAACACUGCCGCUGUGUUGCCAAAGCCCUGGUGUUGGGGUUUGGGGACAGUCGAUGUCUUUGGCCUAGCCAGUGAACUUCUGCAAGCUCAUGGGGUGCCGGCCUCCCAAGCUACUCUGCGUGCCAAAUUGGUUGUCCAGUCCCUUGGAAAAGCUGAGGUUCAGAAAGCAUUGCAUGGUGUUUCCCCUUGGAAAUCCCUUAAAGCCCUUGCCAAUUUGCAGUCGCCGCCUUUGCAGAUGGUUCUGCCUGAUGAACAGGCUCAACAUAGCCAGGUGAAACAACCGCAGAAGCAGCCAGGUAAGCCCAAGAAAGCCGCCGCGGCUAACAAGUUUGCACCUACUCGGCCUGCUGAACUAGACCCGUCAAAGCUUCUUCUUGAAACUGGGGCCUUCUGUGUCGGACACGAUGAGCCAGUUAGCCAGGUGUCGUUUGCCACUUUAGGUCCUCUUGCAUCCGGCAUCGCCUUGGCCACUUAUCCAGAUGCACUUCCCUUUUUGCAGGCAGGCAAGUUGCUCACCAACCAUGGCUUGGCUUUGAUGGUUUUGAAUCCACCGAGUGAGGUCCAGACCACUUUGAUCACUGCCACUGUCCGUUUUGCCGCUCGAUGUAGCAUGAAUCAGGAGCCAAUGAUCGUCACUGGAUUGCUGGUUCAGCUUGGCAAGACUUGUGUGUACCAAUAUACAGCCAAAGACACACCAGCUGUCAUUGCCACUGAUGUUGCCUGUGCCCGUGUCACCGUCUUUAAAGAUCAGUGGGAGCAUGAUUGGGAAGAGUUUGCCAGCCGCCCUGUCAAGCAUGUCCUGUCAGUCCUGCAGUGUCUCCAAACGUGCCGCAAUGGCAUUGAUUGCAGUUGCCCUGGUUGGCACCCGGGACAGGACCAAUCGCCAGAUGCUGUCUUGGAUGUGUUCCGAAGACAAUACUACAAUGACUCAGGCAGGCCUGUCAAGUGGGACAAAGCCACCCAUUUUGCAGUCUUCAUCAGGUAUGUCAAGUGUCUGGAGUCCCAUGUUCUUGCCGCAAGUGGCCAGCACGGUGUUUACAUCGAACCCAAGACCGAGGAUGCACUUAAGCCGCAUGGUGAGUAUCAGGUGGUGUGGUUGCCUCAGAUGGACUUUCAGGCGGUGUCCCAUAAGGCCAAGUGUGAAGUGGAUUGCCUUGGACUUGCUCGCACAGGUCAACGUUAUGGGCUCCGGGUUCAUGUCAAGGACUUCCAACGGCUGUUCACUCAGGUCAAACCAGAUGCUGUCUACUUAGCUCCGGGACACAGAACCAUGUACCACUGCGGCCCUUGGCCUUUUGGUAGUGACCGCAAAAGCAUUGCACGAAUCCUGCGAGCCAGCCAUUGGGAAUGCCGACCACUGCAGCCAGUCCAACACGUGCCAGGUGGUUUGAUGUGGUCUGUCCAAGCUGUGACUGAGCCUCCCGUCAGGGUUUUGUCUUUGCAGCAUGGUCAGGUCGUCAUCACGUGCCCUGACUUGAAAUCCCCAGUGCCUGAUGUUGAAGCCCAAGUUGUCGGUCAUGCUGCCACUGUGAACCUGUGCCGUCCGUCCGAGGCUGCUUGCUCAGACCCGUGGUUGACCAGUGACCCAUGGUCGAAAGCGGUUAGUGCUGCGCCAACACUGCCUGCAGGGCCCCCUGCCCAACCGGUCUUGCAAGAACUGGAGCAGCGCAUUGAACAAAGUAUUCUUGCAAAGCUGCCCCCAUCAGACAAGAUGGACAUCGAUGACCAGGAUCAUCGGUUGCAACUGCUUGAAGCCCAGGUGCAGCAGUUGAGCCAUAGACAGGCCAGCUUGGAGACCACUGUCCAAGACAAUCACCAACAGAACACGGCCCAGGUUCAGACCUUGCAGCAGCAGAUGAAGGUUCAGAUGGACUUGCAGACGCAUCAGAUGCAGUCGGUGACCCCGGGGCGACCUCGCUCCAUUUGGGCCUUUUUGCGAUUUGUUUUAGUUUUGAUGAUGUGCCGCAUUGGUGAAGCUCGAGUUCCCGGCCCUGACUCCGACACAUGGACACUUGGGAUUGUCAAUCCCUCGGGAUUGCAGGGGAAAUACCAUGUGCUGGAUAGCGUCAAUGCUGAAGUGCUAGCCAUUAGCGAGACACACUUGUCUGCCCAGGCCAAACGUGGGUUGGCUUACUCUUUUCGGUCUCACAAGUCACGGUUCAAACAUGUUCUGACAGGAGCACCCAUGGCUCCUAGAUCGCUCUCCAGUGAUGCCGGACAAUGGGCUGGGGCGGCCUUUGCCUCAGCCUAUCCUUGUCGCACAAUUGCAGCUCCUUGGCCUAGUGACCUGUAUGAAACUGGGCGCAUUCAGUUUGCAGCUUUUCACACCCCAUCGGAUUGGAUUUCUGGGGCUGUGAUUUAUGGCUACCCCGAAGGUAAGACUCACACCAAUGCUCAUGCCAAAACUGAAGCCAUUUUGGACUUUGCAUGGACUCGCCUCCAGGCACAGACUGGCCCUCGAUUUAUGGCCGGGGAUUGGAAUUUCACCCCUGAUCGGCUUCAGUUGGUCUCGCACAUGCAAGCAGCUGGGUGGGUUGAAGUGCAAGAUCAUGCCAGGUCUCUCACUGGCCAAGCCGUUGUGCCCACCUGCAAACAGACGACUAGGAAAGAUUUCCUUUGGAUGUCGCCUGAGUUGGCCCUUGGAUUUACUGCCCUUCGGAUUGACCCGCAGGUUUUUGCUGACCACUCGGUUCUCCUUGCGACCUUUGUUGGGGGGAAAGCACAUCUUGAAAGAUUUGUUUGGCCGUGUCCUCAACCCAUUGCUUGGACUUCCGUGCCUGACCUCCCGACACCUGUUUGUUUUGCAUGCCCAUUAGAUCCCACUGCCCAGUAUGCAGAUCUCUGGCGUCAGAAAGAAGCUCUUGCCGAGGCUGCCCUUGCCCAUGAAUGGAGCCCUGCCAUGGCUGGACGAGGCCAACAGACCAAACCGCGCAGGGUUGUUGGGCGUCUUGCACCUCUCAGACAAGGCAGGAUGGAUGAUGUUCAGCCUGGGUUCUUUGGAUUUUCUGCUCUCCAUGUUAAACGGUUUAAACAACUGCGUAGAUUGCAGAAUUAUUGCAGGUGGGCUGACAACCAUGCCGCCAAUCACACCAGUGAUAGUCUUCAUGGAAUUGGACUUUGGAAUUCCAUCCUCCAUGCCUCUGGAUUUGGCGUCUCCUUUUCCAGUUGGUGGCCUUCCCGGUGUUACGUCAGUCCCCUUGACCCUCCGGCCAUUCCCCCGUUUUGUCCCAGUCCCUUGGUUGCCCGGCAAGUUUAUGAUGCUUUGCUCGCUGAUGUCAGGUUGUUGGAGCAAAGACUGACGAUGGCCAAGAAAGCUCACAGGGUCGCUCACCAUGACCGUGAUCAUCAGUUGGUCUUCCGUGAUGUUGCACGCCCUGUGGCUGCCCCAGUUGAGACCCUUGUUCAUCGCGUUGAGGCCAAAGUUGCGUUUGUGGACCAGUCCGAGUGUGCCAUUGAAUUGGAUCGCUCUGUCCAUGUCCUGCCUGAUGAGCCUGUCUGGGUUUCAGGGCAAGUGCAUGAAGUUAUACAUGCUGAAGGAGACAAAGUUUGGGUCCAUGAUGUGACCACUGUCCAAGUCAAUGAUGUCUGUGUUCAGACCAAGCCUGUUGGUGACCUGCAAGCACUUUUUGAUGCUUUCCAUGAACAAUGGAGAUUGCGGUGGUGUCGACAUGAUGGAGUCCCCUUCAGUCGUUGGCAAGAACUUCUGGAUUUUGCCCGCCAGAUCAUUCGUCCCACUGCUGUGCCUCACCUUGCGGUUGACAGUGCUUUGCUCCAGGCAGAAGUUCAUCGGAAAAAGAAAAGAGCCGCAACUGGCCUUGAUGGUGUCAGCAGGAGCGACCUUGUCAUGGCGGAUCCUGCCACCCUGGCCAGUCUUACCAAGGUGUACCAGCGGGCUGAAACUGAUGGGGCUUGGCCAGCUCAACUUGUUGCUGGAAAGGUACACUCUUUGGCCAAGACGGAAUCUGCUUCCACUGUUGGGGAUUACAGACCCAUAACAAUCUUUGGCUUGCCUUAUCGAGCUUGGAGCAGCAUUCAAUCCCGACACCUGUUAGCGUUUGCUGAUCAGUGGGUUGAUGAUAGUGUUUUUGGAAACCGAAGGGGAAGACAGGCCUCCGACCUGUGGCUCCAGUUGCUCACUCAGAUCGAGCAGGCCUAUACCUCCUCGACCGGUUUGGCUGGGAUUUCAGCUGACAUUGAGAAAUGUUUCAACUGCAUCCCUCGGUUUCCUGCACUGUGUCUUGCUGUGUUGGUUGGCACCCCGCAUGAGGUCACCACUGCAUGGAGCGGUGCCCUGGCCAGCAUGUGUCGUCACUUCAAAGUUCGGGAGUCUUUCUCUUCAGGGUUCCUGACUUCUACUGGUCUUGCUGAGGGUUGUGGUUUGUCAGUUUUUGGCAUGCUGCUGGUUGACCACCUUUUCGCUUGCUGGUUGAGGUUCCAAGCCCCUCCUGUGCACUGCCUUACUUAUGUUGACGAUUGGCAGACCAUCACCCGGGAUGUGGAUUACACCGUUCGCCAGCUUGAGUUGGUUGAGCAGUUUGCUGCCUUGAUCGACCUGACCGUCGAUCGCAAGAAAACCUUCGGUUGGGCUACCUGCCCUGACAUGCGGCGCCUCAUGAGGGACAAAGGCAUUCGGGUUUUACACCAUGCCCGUGAACUUGGGGGUCACAUGGGUAUCUCCAAGCAGUACACCAAUUGUACUGUGACCCAACUUCGCUCCAGUAAUGCCAGAUACAAAGCAAAGGUGUACAUGCUCCGUGCUGUUGCUUGGCCGAGAGGCCUUCAUGCCAUCUCCAGUGCUCCCAUCGGAGAUCAAACUUGGCUGGCGUUACGACGUAGUGCGGUCAAGGCGUUGGGCUGGCAACGGCCUGGAGUUAAUCCUGCUGUCCUCCUUAGCCUGGUGGAACCCAUGGUUGACCCUCAAUUUGUUGCCAUUUCAUGGACUUUUCGGUCGCUGCGUGCUCAGUGCCCUUUGGACUUUUGGGCGGUCAAUGUUUCCCCCCUUGCACAUGGGGACUUGGACUUACCCCCCAAUGCUCCAGCUUCCAUUGCUCUUCAACGUGUCCAGGCGUUGGGUUUCCAAGUGGACCGAGCUGGGUGUGUCAUUGACCAGUUUGGUUCCUUUUGUCUGCAUACGUGCAAUAUCACUGAGGUGGACUUGCGUUUGCAGUGGGCCUGGAAACUCGUGGUAGCUCAGAAAGUUUCCCACCGUUUGGAUUUCAAUGGACUUUGGCAAGUUGACCUGGCUGCUACCAGAAAGGCGCUUGCUGCGCUUGGGCCUGAUGACCAAGCUUUGUACCGCCUGGGGCUGGCUGGAGGUUUGUACACCGAAAGCUACAAGGCCAAAUGGACUGAUCAGGCCGACUGUUGUCAUUGGUGUGGCCAACCUGAUACCCUCAAGCAUCGUUUUUGGGAAUGCCCUCAACAUGGUGACCUGCGUGCCUCGCUUGCUCCAGAUGUCCUCCUUGUCCUUGACCAAUUGCCACCGGUUAUGUCCUUGAGGGGUUGGGCGUUGUUGCCUCCGACUUGGCACUCCUGGAUUCAACUCCUGGUGAAUCUGCCGCCGUGUUCUUUGGGGACGUCUGUUGGAUUUGCCAAGGGGGUCUGGAAUCAUGUGUUCACUGAUGGGUCUUGUCUGUUUCAGUCAUGUCCCCUUUAUCGGUGUGCUGCCUGGUCUGCCACUCUUGUCCCAGCUUUCUGCUCAUCAUGGACUCCAGGAGGGACACGAUUGGUGGGUGCCUCCUACCUGCCAGGUAUUUGCCAGACUGCCUUCAGGGCUGAGUUGUUCGCCGUUGCGUUUACGUUGCACCAAGCAGCUGAACAAGGAGCUCCGGUGAAGAUUUGGACGGAUUGCCUGGGAGUCAUAGCGAAGUACAAUCUGCUGGUCAGAGGCCAUAAGAAACUGAACCCCAACAGAAGUAAUGCUGAUUUGUGGGCGUGGGUACUUCAGUCAGCAGACAGGCUUGGGCGACAGUACAUUGAAUUGUGCAAGGUGCCAGCACACCGGCCACUUUCUAGUGCUACGACAAGGUUUGAGGCUUGGAUGUUUUUCAACAAUGACAUUGCAGACAGAGCGGCUCGGAUGGCCAAUCAGGCCAGGCCCCCUUGUUUCUGGGACAUUUGGGAAGCGCAUGCCCAGGCUACAGGUGUUGCCGCUACGUUGUUUCAGCAGGUACAAGCAUUGCAUUUGGCUGUGGGGAGGCGACAGGUCCAGAGUCAGGUCAGUGAUGAACCCGGCGAUCCUGACUCUGGACCUGUCCGCCACACCAGAGAGUUUGUGACAGUGUUUGAGCGUGGUAGCUGGAAUGGAUCGUUGUUACCAAAAGUGACCAGAUUGUAUGGUACAUCAGUCAUGCAGAAGAUCAACAAGUGGUUCAUGGCGCGGUUGGCGCCUUCAGCUGACGUGGUUUGGGUAUCGUUUGCACAGUUGUACCUGGACUUUCAGAUGUCAGUUGGACACCCUGGUCCUCUUCGUGUUCAAAACCACUGGAUUGACGCUGACCAGAGGCCAUAUUUGGCGGUGGAAACCUUUUCGUUCAAGCAGCGGACCAAAUGGUUCAGACAAUGCCUCAAACAUCUCUGGAAGGAAGCAGCCUUGACAGUUGGGCUGGAGCAGUGUCGACCACGAUCUGUGGCGAUUCAUGCCUUUCUCCCAUCAGCUUCGCUCCCAUGGGACACCCAUGCUCUGGCUGUCGUGGAUGAGUGGCUUGGAGCCCAUCUUCGUGACCCUUGCGCUCGCGAAGCUAGCGCUUUGAACAGUUUGCCUCCACCGACGAAGUGUGGCAGACUGCAAGUCUGA